CCCACACAAACCCCUAAACCCCAGAAGCUUCUCCUCCCCGAAACCCUAGCCCGCCAUGGCCCUCGCGCUUCGCCUCCGGCGGGCCCUCGCCGCCGCCUCCAUCUCCGCGCCACUCCUCCGCCCGGUGGCCGCCUCAGCCGCGCCACCCCACUCCGGGUCCCUCCUCCUCGCUCCCUUCGUCCCGCUGCCGCUCCCGCGGCCGUGGCUCCUCCUCCCCGGUGCCGCCGCCGGGUUCCGGUCGACGGCGGCGGCUGCGGCGCGGGGAGGGGACUACGGGGCGGAGGACAGCAAGAUCUCCCCCGACGAGAUCCUCUUCGAGGGGUGCGAUUACAACCACUGGCUCAUCACCAUGGAGUUCCCCGACCCCAAGCCCUCCCGCGAGGAGAUGAUCGAGACCUACCUCCAGACCCUCGCCAAGGUCGUUGGAAGUUAUGAGGAGGCUAAGAGGAGGAUGUAUGCUUUUAGUACAACAACUUAUAUUGGUUUUCAGGCUGUAAUGACUGAGGAAAUGUCAGAGAAAUUUCGCGGAUUGCCUGGAGUAGUUUUCAUUUUGCCUGAUUCAUAUCUAUAUCCAGAGACAAAGGAGUAUGGAGGAGACAAAUAUGACAAUGGUGUCAUCACUCCAAGACCACCACCUGUUCAUUAUAGCAAGCCAUCAAGGACUGACAGGAACCGUAACUACCGAGGAAACUACCAGAGUGGUCCUCCACAGCAAGGAAAUUACCAGAACAGCCCUCCACAAGGAAGUUACCAGAAUAGCCUGCCACAGCAAGGAAACUUCCAAACAUACCGCUCGCAGCAAGAUGGAAGAAGCUAUGCCCCACCGCAGAAUUAUGCACAGGCUGGACAAGAUGCUAGAGGUUAUGGGAGGAAUGAUUAUGCAGACCGUUCAGGUUACAAUGGACCGCCUGGUGGAUUUCACAGUCAAGCACCGCAGUACCAAGGGCAUGUAAAUCCAACCGCUCAAGGUCAAGGUUACAACAAUCCACAAGAUCGCAGGAACUUUUCGCAAGGGCAGGGAGGAGAUUUCAGGCCUGGUGGCCCUUCAGCACCUGGAACUUAUGGCCAACCAUCAACACCUGGAAAUUAUGGGCAGCCACCUCCAUCAACGUAUCCUGGUAGUAACCAAGGGGUUCCUGGUGUGAAUCCUAGUUAUUGUGGAGACAUCAAACAGGGGGCAGGACCUGCAUAUGGUAGAGAUAACUGGCAAGAGGGUUCUGGUCAGUAUCCUAGCCCAGGUGAAGGACAAGGGAACUGGCAGGGUAGGCAGUAAAAUCUUAAGAGUUUCGCUGAAUACAAGCAUGAUACUAGAGAUGCAGAAAUCCCCACCUGUAAAAUAAACGACUGUGGUGCAUUGCCUUCUCUUUUUGCUUGCAUUCAAAUUCUAGACUUAUGGGCAUGUGUUAUUGCCAACGUUAAAUGCAAACUUAAUUUUUUUCCCUUUGUUGUGCCACAUGUUGACAUAUUUAAACGUCGCAGAAUGUGAAACGCCAUUUUGUCUCUA